CAUAUGCAAUAGAGUCCUAUAGAAAAAUGGUGUCUUUUUACACGGGCUGUAGAGUGACUGAAAGUUAUUUGGAUUCACAAAAUCCUGGGUGAUGCAUUGGUGAUUUAGAGUAAUGCUAUCUCAAAAAUGGAUGUAGAGAAAGAGUCUGGACGAAGAUUGCGCACAUUUUGUAGAAGGCGGUAUGACAAUGAGGACCUCUCAGACGAUGACAUAGCCAGCAUGAGGACUUUUGAUGUGGAGGAAAAGCUUAGUAUUGCCUCAUACAAUUCAAGUUACGUGCACUUUAUGAAAGGAAAAGAUUUUACCCUUGAAUAUGUGCAGAGAGAGACUAUCAAGGUCCCCAUUAUCUUCAGGGACAAAGAUGGUCUAGGAAUCAAAACACCAGAUAGUGAUUUCAGUGUCAGGGAUGUAAAACUGUUUGUUGGGAGUCGCCGUGUUGUGGAUGUCAUGGAUGUGAGUACCCAGAAAGGAAUUGAGAUGAGUAUGUCACAAUGGGUUAAAUACUAUGAAACACCAGAAAUGGAAAGAGAGAAGCUCUAUAACGUCAUCAGCCUGGAAUUCAGUCAUACGAAACUUGAGAAUCUGGUCAAACGGCCCAAUGUGGUGGACUUGGUGGACUGGGUGGACAAUGUGUGGCCGCGGCAUUUAAAAGAGAAGCAAAUGGACUCCACAAAUGCAAUAGCAGAAAUGAAAUACCCAAAAGUUCAGAAGUACUGCUUAAUGAGCGUCAAAGGGUGCUACACAGAUUUUCAUAUUGAUUUUGGUGGCACUUCUGUCUGGUAUCAUAUUCUUCGAGGAGGGAAGGUAUUCUGGCUAGUUCCCCCGACAUCGCACAAUCUGGAGAUUUAUGAAGAGUGGGUCCUGUCGGGAAAGCAAGGUGAUAUUUUCCUUGGGGACAGAGUGGACGGAUGCCAACGGAUUGAGUUAAAACAAGGAUACACGUUUUUGAUCCCUUCAGGAUGGAUCCAUGCUGUAUACACACCAGUAGAUACGCUGGUUUUUGGUGGGAAUUUCCUGCACAGCUUUAAUAUUCCUAUGCAACUUCAUAUCUAUGGGAUUGAGGAUCGAACUCGGGUUAAUGCCAAGUUCCGCUAUCCUUUCUACUAUGAAAUGUGCUGGUAUGUCCUGGAAAGAUAUGUGUUCUGUUUGACGAAAAGGUCUCAUCUCACCAAACAAUACCAGAGGGAAUCAAUGUUAAUUGAUACAGAGAAGAAACCGAAUACAGAGAGUCCAUCAUCAGAUUCCCGACUAGAUAUGGAUGAAGAAUCUUCUGAUGUGCGAAUCAAGGAAGAGAAAGAUGACACGAGAGAUAGAAUGAGCCUUCAAAGCACAAAAGCAUUUGGCGAUGACUCACCUUCUCCUAACAGUGCACAUUCAGAAGAGAAUGAAAGCUCUGGAAAGACACAGAAAAUGACAAAAUGUUUAAAGCGGACUUUAUCCAAUGAUUCAGAUGACAGCACCAAGUCACCGAUGCUGACAGACUGUCCAAAAACACCAAGUGGAUCUCCUGACCCAUCUCAACCAGCUUCUGAAGGGUCUAAUAAAUGGAUUCACCUUACAGAAUUUGAGUUGAAGGGGUUAAAAGCACUUGUGGAAAAACUAGAGUCCUUGCCAGAGAAUAAAAAAUGUGUCCCUGAAGGGAUAGAAGAUCCUUAUGCCCUUCUCGAGGAUAUGAAGACUGUGCUGGAGGAACAUGCUGAUGAUGAUCAGAAGCUGGCUAUCACCGGGGUCCCAAUUGUAACAUGGCCAAAGAAGACAGUGAAGCACAGAGCAGUAGGAAGACCAAAAGGAAAGCUUGGAACUUCUGCAGCUGUGAAGCUUGCUGCAAACAGGGCUACGGCUGGAGCACGCAGGAGGAGAACAAGGUGUCGAAAAUGCGAGGCAUGUCGAAGAACAGAAUGUGGGGAGUGCCAUUUCUGCAAGGACAUGAAGAAGUUUGGAGGACCAGGGAGAAUGAAGCAGUCCUGUAUCAUGAGGCAGUGCAUUGCUCCGGUCCUGCCACAUACAGCAGUCUGUCUCAUUUGUGGAGAAGCAGGAAAGGAGGACACUGUGGAAGAAGAGGAGGAAAAGUUCAAUUUCAUGCUGAUGGAAUGCUCAAUUUGUAAUGAAAUUGUGCAUCCUGGCUGCUUAAAGGUAAAGCAGUUAAAGGUACAGGAUGGAGAUGGAGUUGUCAAUGAAGAGCUUCCAAAUUGCUGGGAAUGUCCAAAGUGUAACCAUGAGGGAAAGACAGGGAAAGUCUAUAAGCAGAAAAGAGGGCCAGGAUUUAAGUAUGCCUCCAACCUCCCAGGUUCACUAUUGAAGGAGCAAAGGCAGAACAGAGAACUCAAAGAUUCUGCAGAGACAACAAAGAAAAAGGGAGACCGAGAGGAAAAUUCCAAACGCAAGUCAGAGGAACAUCCCAAGAAAAGAUCUGAAGAAUCUGUUCCAAGAAGGAAAUCUGAAGAUGGGCUUGUGAUGCGAAAGCGGCGAAUUGCUGAUCGAACUUCUGAGCCAAUUGCCAGAAAAAAGUUUAAAAUUGGAAAGGAAGAGAAACUGUUGAGGAAAAAGAAAAAAACCUUGCAUCCAAGUGAAGAUCACCCAGCAAUUGUCAAAACAUUGCAAUCAAUCAAGCAGGAGCCUGAAGACGAUCCACCAGAGACCCCUCAGAAAACAAAGGAGAGUGACCAGUCUAGGUCAAGCUCUCCAAGAGCUGGUCCCAGUACUGAAAGUGCAGAGGCCAAAGAAAAGAAAAGCGAGAGGUUUAAAGAGAAGCGCAAAAAGCGAUUGCACAAUAAAGAACUUAGUAAAGAACUAAGCAAAGAACUCAAUCAGGAGAUUCAUAAAACUGAGACCAGCCUAGCAAAUGAGAAUCACCAACCAAUUAAAUCUGAAGGAGAGGCUGAAAAAGUCGAGAAGCCUAAAAGACUGCUGGCAAGUACUGAAAGACUUCACAGAGUAAGCAAAGGAUUAAAUGGGACUCCAAGGCUUAGGCAUCACCUUACCACAAGCUUGAGGCGGGCUCCCAGGGUCAUCACUAGACCACCACCUUCUGUGUCACCAACUAAAUCAAUUCAGAUGGAGCGACAUGUUGUGCGGCCUCCGCCUGUCAGCCCACCCCCAGACUCUCUGCCCCUUGAUGAUGGUGAAGACCAUGUGAUGCAACGGGAAGUGUGGAUGGCUGUGUUUGGCUACCUCAAUCGAAAAGAUUUAUGUAUUUGUAUGCGAGUAUGUAAAACCUGGAACAGAUGGUGCUGUGACAAGAGGCUUUGGACCAAGAUUGAUUUAAACCGGUGUAAAUCAAUCACCCCCCUUAUGCUCAGUGGCAUCAUUAGGAGGCAACCUGUAACCCUUGACCUGAGCUGGACAAAUAUAUCAAAAAAGCAGUUAACUUGGCUUAUCAACAGACUGCCAGGUCUUAAGGAUUUGGUUGUUUCAGGCUGCUCCUGGGCAGCAAUCUCUGCACUUUGCAGCUCUAGUUGUCCGUUGCUGAGAACUAUGGAUCUUAGAUGGGUGGAAGGAUUAAAAGAUGCCCAAAUGAGAGAUUUGCUUUCUCCUCCAACUGACAACAGACCAGGUCAAAUUGACAAUCGCAGCAAGCUACGAAAUGUGGUAGACCUUCGUCUGGCUGGACUGGACAUUACAGAUGCAACACUCCGGCUUCUUAUUAGACAUAUGCCAACGUUAGCCAAACUAGACCUUAGUUACUGCAAUCAUCUGACAGAUCAAUCAAUUAACCUAUUAACAGCAGUUGGCACUACAACUAGAGAUUCCUUAACAGAUGUCAAUCUAUCAGUUUGCAAUAAAGUCACUGACCAGUGCCUAACCUAUUUCAAACGCUGUGGUAACAUCUGCCGAAUAGACCUCCGUUACUGCAAACAGGUAACAAAAGAAGGUUGUGAACAAUUCAUUGCAGAGAUGUCUGUUAGUGUUCAGUUCAGUUUGUCAGAGGAAAAACUUCUACAAAAACUCAGUUAACUAAGCAAAAAGAGGAACCGGACCAUGCAACAGGAUGUUUAAUUUCUUCCGCGAUUUAAUUAUAAUCCACAUUUUGCUUCAAGUUACUGGCAUCAGACAGAAGGACAAGGAUGAACUGUGGCGACGACAAAAGCUGCUUAUCCCAACAAAAACUUUUCCACGUCUCAAUCAGUCUGAAAAUCAAGUUUAUUUCCUAAGUUUUAAUAAUGUUAUAAAAAGACACUGAUGCACAACUGUUUGUAUUUGUAUAAACCUACGUGGCAAGAGGGGGGGAAAAAAAUUAAAAAAAAACUAACUUUUUUGUGCACGUUUUACAACUAAAGCAUGUGCAGUGUAAAUUUUAAUUUCAGUUCUUUUAAAAGAAAGUCUUAAAACAAAGAUAUCUUCGACCACACAUUUUGACCAUGUUAUAAAUAUUGUUGUUUUGUUAAACUCUACAUAUCAUACAUUAUGCAGAAAUAUUUUUGUACAGAAAUUACUUUAUUGAGAGUAGUGUGGAAAUUUCAAUAGUAACAUUAUUACUUAUAUACAAUUGAAUUCCAAUUGAUUUCAAUUGCUGUUUGUUACUUGUGGUUUAAUCUCUGUAAAGUUUCACAUGUUCUAUGUGGAAUGAUCUUCGUGAUGUUUGUAUGUGCCAUCAUUGCAUGCCUUUAAGGCAAGCAGCUUAGCAGCAGUAAUAAUACUGUAAAGUGACAAGAUAUUGGUUUUCCACCAUUUACUGUUUGUCAUUGCUGAAUUUGUAUAAAACCUGUCUUGAAAGCUGUGUACUGAACUAUUGUUAGACUCACAGGGGAACAAUACUCAAGGUGCUGUACAAAACUUUUUUUAAACACUUCUAAAUGAAAAUGAUCAUUUUCUCUGAGAAAACAAUGGUUUCCACCCCAUUUUGUGUCUGUUGAAGUUUGUUAUGCAUAACGAUGAGAUGCAAAUUAAGGACAGGGUGAGACAUGAGAAUUAAUUUUGUGUUUAUUACAAUGGAUGUCAGGUAUGUGGCAUCUAAUGGAAGUACUACAAUUUAAACUGCCUUAAAUUUUAGCCCUUGAUCAUGUUGUCCUUUUGUAUUCUAAUCUUUUUUAAAAAGCUUUGAGUCAGUUUCUCAGAAAAUGUAUGUUACACACACACACAGUGUUUUUCAAAAAUGUCUGAAAUCCUCAAAGGAGGUAGGGCUGAAUGUAAGAAGUAGAAGACAGGAUUCAAAAGUUGUUCUUAAACAAUUGUGGGCAAUGUGUUGGCAGUUAAUACAUUAAUUGCUCUUGUGCAAACUUCUUUAAGUCGUGCCAGCUUUGUGCUAGUGAAAAAUUAAUAUAAACAGGGCCAGGUUUUACCGUGUUUACUACCUUAUAAUGUAUGGAGUCCUCUUUGUCAGUUCCAUCAACAUUUAGCAACCUCAAUGCUAGAUCUGUUGAAGUUUUUCUGCUUUCUGGCUAACAAUGAAAGCUAUUUGGUGUGCCUGCAUAACUUUGAAGCCUAGCACAUGUUCAACAGAAACUGAUCCACCCUGGACUUUGUCCAUAAAGACUCUAAAAUCAGAAAAUACGGUAUUCAAUAUACUGUUUGUACAAAGAAAGUGCUUUUGUUGCUUUGGGUUGUAAACUGCAUGAGGUAUCAAAACCCACAAAAAUCCAAGUAUUGUUAAUUGGUGGGGGGCACACAAAAAAUAUCAUGAAUCUAUAAUGCUUCUGGUUCUGGGAAUGUACAAGUCACUUAAGAGUGUUGUCGUAAGUGUUGUAUAGUUUUAUUUCACCUGGCCCCCAUCCCUGAUUUCAACAGCUAGGACAUUUCCUGUCUGACUAACUAUUCCACCAUCUAGUUCAUUGUAAUUAACAAAUAGUACACUGUCUCCAAGCCACUGUACUUCUGCUCUCCUUCCUACAGUUCAUCCUUCCUUUCACUGAAGGCUGACUUGUUGGCUGCCAGCAACUGCCCAUAAAGUUACUUACCACAACUGGACACAAGAAAUUAUCUUGAGAAGACGCACUGUUCUUUCAUAAAAAUUCUGUUAAGUUGUUAAUGAUUCUAUAGGCAAGUGUAAUGGUUGCAGUUAGAAAUAAUAAGCACCACAGAUUUGACACAUGUCUUUAUACAUUAAAAUUGCAUAAUAGCUGUUUCAACUCCUUUUAAACAUCUAGGCUUAAAAUAGAGUCAGGCAACUUUAUGGAAGGAACAGAAUACAAAUUAAAAACUGAAAGAAAAAAAUGUUAGUUUUACAAAAAUCUCUCAAAGCACAUGCAAGGAUCAGAAACAUUUUUGCAUAUUGAUUUUUGUAAUUUGUCAAAAUGAAUGACCAUCGCUAUUCCAAUACAUUCUUUAUUAGUCAAAAUGAAUUUAAAAACAGUGUACAAAAUGUACAGAAAUCAAAAAUGAGAAAAGAUAGUUGGCAGUAAGUUAUGUAAGAUUGAGGUUUCCUUUCUGUUCUCAUAUGGGGUACUGCUGAAUGCUCAAUAGCUACACUAUCACACAUUAAUCCGUUAAAUAGCGAAUGUUUUAGGAGACUUAAAAAAGCGGUGAAAAAUUUAAAAUAGAAUCUUUGUUUUUUUUUCCCCAGCAUAUCCUUCAUUUAAUCUCUGAUUUAGUGCUGAUAAAGUCAGUAAUUUUUUGUUUGCAUCUUAAAGUGUUGUUUAACUCUAAUAUCUUUAAGGUUCCUAGUGAUAAGUAAUGAUAACGGUUAGUAAAUUAAAAGAAAUUCCAUUCCACUAACACUAUCCAAAAUGGCUACAAUUUACAGUCAUUGAUAUGGUCAUAAAAUGUUUCUCCAUCAAGUUUCAUAUAUCCACAGGAAAAGCCAACUUCUUUCAUUCAAACACCUCCCAAGUUUAAGAUUUAAAGACAUGUACUGCCCGUACAACAUACUGUCGACAAAUAGGGCAUUCAUUCAUGCGCUUUCCACAUUUAGUGCAAGUGACCAUAUGACCACAUUCAAGGAGAACACAAUCGAUCACUGCAUCCAUACAGAUCCUGCAGAGAUUCUCAUCACUGCUGAACUGCAGCUGUUCUUCAACUGGAAGAAAAACAGAAUCGCGGGGGGGGGGGGAAGAGAGAAAAAAAACUGGUUAUCUAAAUGAAAAAAGUAUUAAACAUUACUGCCAAAACAAUCUAAAAAAACUUUAACAGUUAAUUUGAGGCACUUGUACAAUGCAAAAUUGAGUUCUCACUGUGCUUACAAAUGUCAGAUUAUUGCUGCUCCAAAUUCAAUACAAUGCUAAAAGAACAAAUUUUUUAAAAUGAAACAUGUUGUUGUACAGUUAUUGAAUUAAGCAGAACAAGUAUAAAAAAAAACUUGACACUGAUCACCACAAAUUAAAUCAGCCACUGUAGAACAUUUUGGCCGCAUUGAAGGAGCUACCCUUAAAAAGAUUAACUUGCUUCUUGCACUGACUAACUGAUUACAAAUAUUCUAACUUUGUUCAAUUCAAAUUGUACUUUUUGAAGAUUAGUAUUUUGUCAAACACCAACUGAAAUACCUCAAAAGUUCAUAUUGUAACAGUUUAGAUUCAAUAGUUCAGAGGGUUAAUGUAACUAAUCAAUAGUAUUACUUGCAAAAUUUCAUUAAUAAUCCUGAGUGCUUAACAUGACAUUUAUUGUUCAAAUCCACAACAAUUACAGCUUUAUUAUUAAAUCAGAACUUUCAUUUGGUCAAUUUCUGCUGAGCUGCAGUCUUUGUAGAGGCAAGAUGAUUCAGUAAGUUUGCUGUUGGAGUUGUGCCUGACUAGGGGAUUACAGGAGCAUGGAGCAAGCAUUUUAUUUUUAAGUAUCAAUCUAUAUACCAUCUUAAACAAGUCCUCCUGGACCCAAACAAUCCUUUUGUAUUAAAUCAGUGUUGUUAAAAAAAGUGUUAUAAGAUCUUGGAUUGUUUACAAGUCAAAUUAAUUAAAAUUAGCUUAUGAAAUGUAAUUUUUAAUGAAACUUUCAGUUCUACUGAUUUUAAAUUCAAUUAACUUGCAAAUUAGUGAAGUAAAAUUUCCCUGUCUCUUAUUUGCUUGAUCAAGGCUUCCCCAAGUGGAAAUUGGUCUCAGAGUAGCGUUGCCAACUGAAAUGCUGGGGCCAUAAACUCAGACAACCAUGGUCACAUUACAAUUCCACCACUCCCACUAAACGUCAUCUCCCCUCUGCACCUGCUCACCCACUUUCCGUCCUCCGGCAUUGCAACAACUUAAAUAUCAAUAGUAAAGCUCAUGCCUCCAUGAAAACAUCCAUGUGCCAGGUUUCCCUACAUCUCAGUGCACCAUAUCUCAACAAUAUCCCAUGUAGAUGUUCCUUUUUAUUACAGCAGUCUAGCAGAUAGAAAUUUAACUACAGUAUGUCAGACAGUAAGAAUAUACUUUUUAUUAAAAAGUUGAUCCAGCAUUGUGUAAAAUGGAAAUAAUUUAAUUAGAAUCUCUUUCCUUCUGCAGUCUCUAAUACCCCUUAUUAAUUGCAAAAUACUUCAUUUUCAACUUAAAGAGCUGAAGAAAGGUUGACAACUUACCUGCAGCUACAGCUGGAUUAUUUCCAUUUUCCACUGCAACAGAGAAAUUUAAGUCACUACUU